AUGGAAUGCUGGCAUCAUCUAGAAAUCACUGCAUCAGGGAGACCAAUUCUAAGAGAGAAUGAGAAGGAUAUAUUUAUAGAUUAUUCCGUUGGGUUAUACGAUGGAAAACAUAGAGUCACUGAUAAACAGAAUGGUAGAGUGUUUUUAACGUCGCAAAGAGUAAUAUACGUCGGCGAUCAACAACCUGUUGAUAAUUCAGUAUUUCUAGAACUAGAUAAUAUUAAAUCAAUUGAUUAUUCUUCAAGUUUCUUAAAGAGAUCUGCACGAAUUAUUAUAUUCUUAAAGGAAUCUUCCACCUUGAUCGUUGAUUCUGAUCAAAAAGAAAAUACAGAUAAGGAUAUUAAAUCUUCAUGGAAAUGUCCCAUUUGUGCAUAUGUUAAUGAAACGAAGGGGGAAAUCACAGAGGGCACACAUAAUAGUUUGAUUUGUACGAACUGUGGUAUACCUGCUGAGUUCACCAAUAUAGUAGACUCUUUGGCAAUUAGGAGUGUCAAAAAGGAAUCCAAAUCAAAUGAAUGCCCCUCGUGCACUUUUAUAAAUCAUCCUAGGUUGACUAAUUGUGAACUUUGCGGUACUAGAUUGGUUCAUUCACAGGUAAACCUGGCAAAAUUGAAACAACGCAACCACCGACAACAUCGUGUCAGUGGUGUAUCUAAGAAUGAAUACGUACAAUUGAGUUUUAGGAAAUCUGAUGGGACUUUAUUUGCUCAAUCUUUAGAGGCUAUGUUGGAUAAAUUAAGGAAAAGCGAUAUAUUCAAUAAAGAUGCUGUUUGUGUUAAUGGUGUUGCAGUGAAUGAUGAUGAAAUCAAGAAAUUCCAAGAAAGUUUUAAUUCCAAUGAUAACCUUGAAAUACUUAAAGAUAAGUUUAAUUCUGUAGGGAUAAGCGGGUUAGAACGUUCAAGAGAGAAUCAAUUAGCAAAUAAUGAUAUUUUAUUUAAUAGUGCAUUAUCUGAUAUGAAUAAAUUAAUCUCUCUUGCACAUAAUAUUGAAAGACUCUACAAGGGUAGUAAUAUCGAAGACACAUCAUCUACGAAUACACAACAUCCUUCAUUGAUAAUCGACAGAGAUAAAUUUUUGAAUAAAGAUUUGUUUUUGGAUGAAAUAUCUAGAGAUAUCUAUGAGUACGCAAUUGCUGAAUCAAGAGACAACGAAACCAAUAAUAUAAUGAUCACUUUGGUGGAUCUAUACGCAAUGUAUAACAAAGCGAUGAGAAUAGGAACAGGAUUUAUUUCCCCAGAAGAAAUGAGAGAAGCUUGUGAAAGGUUCGAAAAAUUAGGCUUGCAAGACUUAAAAUUAAUGAAGAUUAACAGCAGAAUUCUUUGUGUCUGUAGUCAAAACUCUCUCAAUUAUGUAGCGGCACAGAUUGUAAAUCUUGUUACACAAGAACCGGGAUCAGACAUUUUGAAGAUAAAUCAACGUCUGACCUCAAAUAAUGAUGGAAAAUCUAAUUGGACUACUGGUGUACUGACAGAAAUUCUUCAAUAUUCUGUCAAUGAUGGUUCCUUGGUUAUUGAUGAACAAUUGACUGGUAUAUAUUACUAUAAAAAUAAAUACUGGUAA